AAACACAAAAUUAUGAAACAAAAAGCAUAAAGCUUGGCUUAAAUGAUUCCCUACGUACAAGGAACACCUUUGGCAAACAUAUCCAUCAAAAAAUAGAAAAGAAAAUCAAUUGAAGAAGAAAAAGGGGAAGAGGAAAAAAUCAUCGAUCAGCCUCUUCCCGGAACGGAUCGAUCGUAUGAAUGGUGAUGAGGAAUCUAUGUCCGAAUUCGGACAAGGAAGGCGGGCUGGAUACGGUGCUGGAGGUGCCGAUCCCGGAGGAGAUGUUCGAGAAGAUGGGGAGCAGCGCCGACGUGCGGUGGCAGAACAUGCGGGAUCUCAUGCGGGCCCACUACCAGUCCGCCGCCGCCGCCAUCCCCAACCCCCUCCUCUCCGACACCGACCACUUCAUGCUCCUCCUCAAGCUCGUCUCCUCCGCUUUCAUCCCUUUCCGCGCACAAUUGGAUCACGCUCUCACCAACCCCAUUAAAGAUGGCUCCAUUGAAUCUUGCACAGCCAAGUACAUAGUGCAGCAAUACAUAGCGGCAGCGGGAGGGGUGACGGCGCUCAACGGCGUGAGCAGCAUGUACGCGGUGGGGCAGGUGAAGAUGGUCGUGGAGGCUGCUGGUAAAAGGAGUAGCGAGGCAGGCGGGUUCGUGAUAUGGCAGAUGAACCCGGAUUUAUGGUACCUGGAGCUGGUGGUUUCCCGGCACAAGAUCAGCGCCGGCAGCGACGGCAAGAUCAACUGGACUCAGUCCAACUCGGGAAAUUCCAACAUCUCGCGGGGCCCACCGCGGCCCCUGAGAAGAUUCUUCCAGGGGCUGGACCCUCGAUCCACCGCAAACCUCUUCUCAAACACGGUGUGCAUCGGGGAGAAGGUGAUCAACGACGAAGACUGCUUCAUACUGAAGCUGGAGAUGAGCUCCGAGAUGCUCAAGGCGCAGAGCACGCCCCACACCCAGCUGGUGCACCACACCAUAUGGGGAUACUUCAGCCAGCGCUCGGGCCUCCUCAUCCACUUCGAAGACACCAAGCUCAUACGCAUGAAAGCCAAUGCCAGUGCCGCCGCCGACGACUGCGUCUUCUACGAGACCUCCCUGCAGUCCUUGCUCCUCGACUACCGGCCCGUCAACGGCAUCAACAUCGCCCACGCCGGCAAGACCACCGCCUCCAUCUACAGAUACGGCAAGACCCUCAAGAGGAGGUGGAACUUGGAGGAGACUUGGACUAUCGAAGAGGUUGAUUUCAAUAUCUCUGGCCUCUCCACAGAUUAUUUCUUGCCACCUGCUGAUGAUCACCAUUCCGACACUGCCAUAUCAUGCUAGGACUAGGAUGGAUGGAUUUUAAUUUCUUUCUAAAUUAAUUCGAUCGCUGUUUUGUCAGAUAAAUGGUUUUGGUUUUGGAGACUAUCAAAUACACUUAUUGCUGUGAAUCAAUGGAUAUAUAUUUGGUGAGAAAUGUGAAUAUAUUAAUAACUUCAUUUUUACUACA